AUGCGCAAAUUUGUGUUACUAGGCGCGCUCUUUGGCAGCCGAGUGUCGGCGACGUGCUAUUACCCCAACGGUAUCAACGCAGCAAAAGACUACAAGUACGAACCAUGCGGUAACUCAACCACGACGUACUCCACAUGCUGCUACUUUGGCAAGGGCGACAAAUGUUUGGCAAACGGCUUGUGCAACCAGCCGGGAAAAUACGACUACCGCGCUGCUUGUCAGAACAAAGACUGGUCCAAUUGUCCAGAGGUUUGCAUGGACACGGAAUCUGGCACUUGGUUUCCACUGCAGACGUGCGGAAAGAAUAAAUACUGCUGUCCUCCAGCAGACGGAAGCGACUGUUGCGACAGCGGCGCCGAAAUCUAUACCCUCAAAGCACCCGAUCCCAAGUCCAGCACGAAGACGAGCGAUGCGACGAGUACUUUCCAAAGCGUGAUUCGCACGACCAUCGUACAAACCCCAACCUUGACAGCAAAUCGAGGGGAUAGCUCAGUCAAGAAGUCUUCUACGCCUGCGAUUGUCGGAGGUACAGUCGGCGGUGUUUCGUUCAUCGGGUUCUUAUUCCUUGGAGUCUUCUGCGUUUACAAGCGGCGCGAUAGACCUUCUACUCCGCACACGACUGCAGUGACUCCCGAGAAGAAGGAUGAUGCUUCAAGCGGCAAAGGCAACGCCACGGUUGAGGUCUUGCCUCAGAUCGGCGUUGCGGAAGCUGAGGGAACAGAGGGUAACAGGUACACCGAAGUUGACUCACGAGCUGUCAAUGGUGCCCGUCCUCCACUGGCGUACCCUGAAGAUGAUGGAAUGCCACAACCCGCUGAUGUGACACUACCUCAGCAACCAUAUCCGGAGAACGAUAGCAUGCCGCAAGCCGGAAGACCAGGGCAUGGUUCUCGGGGACAGGCAAUGAGAAGGGCAGGGAAUACUUCAACGGAAGCAGAUUCUAACCCAAUCUUGCAUGCUGACUCGAAUCCCAUUUUGCACGCCGACUCCAGUCCCGUUUUCCAUGCCGAUUCAAAUCCCAUUUUACAGGCUGAUUCAAAUCCUAUCAAUGAAGCGCCUGAUGAUGCUUGGAUCAGGCCUCGUGUUAUGACCAUUCCCAAGAGCUCGCCGCAUGAACUCCCAUAG